AGCACCCUGACACAACCGCGCUUCAACUUCUCCCACACUGCAGAGCAACACGUUUGCAAACAUGCCGAGGUCUUUUCUCGUGGAUUCCUUGAUUUUAAGGGAGGCCAACGACAAGGGGAACGAGAACAACCCACCUUUAUUCCCGUACGCUUUGCACUCUCCGCACCACCCGCACGGGCUGACGGGCUCCUGCCACUCCCGGAAGGCCGGGCUGCUGUGCUUCUGUCCGCUGUGCAUGACCGCGUCCCAGCUCCACCCGUCCCCACCGAGCCUGCCGCUCCUCAAGGCGUCUUUUUCUCCCUUCAGCUCACAGUACUGUCACUCAGCCCUGUCGAGGCAUCACUCAUCCAACAGCGUCAACCUCAGCCACGGACCCGGGAUUUACCAAGCUGCGUACUCGGUCCCAGACCCGCGACAGUUUCACUGCAUCUCUAUCGAAAACAGCAACAGCAAACUUCAGAGCAGCAAGCGCAUGCGCACAGCCUUCACCAGCACACAACUUUUGGAGCUGGAGCGAGAAUUCACCUCCAACAUGUACCUCUCCAGACUGAGGCGCAUCGAGAUCGCCACAUACCUGAACUUGUCCGAGAAACAGGUGAAAAUCUGGUUCCAGAACCGCAGAGUCAAGCACAAAAAGGAGGGAAAGGGCAGCGGCCAAAGGACUGGAUCACAUAACUGCAAAUGCUCGUCCCUGUCCACCGCGAGAUGCUCGGAGGAAGAGGACGAUGACAUGCCCAUAUCUCCCUCCUCGUCCGAGAAGGAGGACGUGGACCUGUCCGUCUCCCCCUGAACUCUCCAUCUGCCUAGCCAUGAAAGAUUUUGGUCCUCAUGAUUUUGAAUACAGCCAAAAAAAGACUGUUGCACUUGUGUUCAGUCGUCUGUACAUAGAAAGAGAAUAUUUAAUUAGGGAAUUGCCCUGAAUUAUUGUAUAGUUGUAUACUUGUUGUACGUUUGUAUGUAGUUUUUUUCUGAAAACAGUCAAUUUGUUGUUGCCACUCCUAUGAGUAUGGUAGGCAUAUUUGUAAAAACAAACCCAAAAAACAAUAGCAACAUUGUUUAUUAGUAAUUUGGGGGAGACAGUAUUUUGUAUACAUGAUGACUACUGGUUAGAUUCAUUCUGUGUGGAUGGAACUGUGACUUCAAAAGC